AGAGGACUGAGUGAAAAUAUAAACUGUACAGAAGGCACUAGAGAUGACUGCUACCAACCUCCAGCAGAAUGCAGGUCAAAGGCACAUCAGUGCCAAAGAGGAGAGGAAGCUACGGAAACCCCUCAUUGAGAGAAAGAGGAGAGAGAGAAUAAAUCACUGUCUGGAUCAACUGAGAGAGACUGUAGUUGGAGCAUUCAGGCUUGAUCAAUCUAAGUUGGAGAAGGCAGAUAUUCUGGAGAUGACUGUGAAACAUUUGCAGAAUAUCCAGAGCAAUAUGUCAUCUGAUCCCGUGCUGGAUGCCGAGUCCCAACAGAGGUACAGUACUGGGUACAUCCAGUGCAUGCAGGAAGUUCACAAUCUUCUACUCUCCUGUGACUGGAUGGACAAAACCCUUGGCUCCCGCCUUCUCAACCACUUGCUCAAAUCUCUCCCGAGAUCAGCCAACGACUGCCCUCAGCCACCCAAGAACUGCCUGACAAGUAUUUCUUCUAACCAUAGUGAGACAGUUGGUUUCCAUGCUGAUGAGUUGGAGAGCCCAAGAACCUGCCUUCCUCCUUCUGUCCUGCCGAGUCCCAUUCUUGACAUGUGGAGGCCCUGGUGAAAUAUCUGUCUGUGUGUAUGUUUAUGUAAUAUAUGUCUUACUGAAUGUAUCUUCUGUAAGUUUGUUGCCACUCUGAGUGUGGCUGUGCGUUGGUGUGCGUUCACACAGUGCAUUGGGGUGUAUAUUCACCCAGUGUGGCUGUCUGUGGUAGAGCCUCCUCUGAUAUGUAUCUUAUAGAUAUGCUUCUUUGCAAGCGUGUGUGAGGCGGAUCUAGUCCACAAUAGCUCUCAUUUCAGACCUUGUCUACUUCCUCUCUGAAGUAAAACUACUGUAGCCUGCAUUGUAGAAGGCCCCUAAUAAUCACCUUAUUUAUUUAACACUAUAUAUUAUUUCAUAUUACAAAUGUUCUUUAGCUACUAAUAUGAAUGAAUGAACGUUACACUUAUAUAGCACUUUUCUGACACUACACUCAAAGCGCUUUACACAGUGAACAGGGGACUCUCCUCAACCACCACCAGUGUGCAGCAUGACGGAUGAUGUGACGGCAGCAAUAGUGCACCUGUACGCUCACCACACACCAGCUAUUGAUGAAGAGGAGAGAGUGGAGUGAUAGAGCCAAUUAAUGGAUGUGGAUUAUUAGGAAGCCAUGAUUGACACUGGGGUUAUACCCCUACUCUUUUCGAGAAGUGUCCUGGGGUUUUUAAUGACUCAUCCAAAGGACAGUGCCUUUUUACUGUAUAGUGACCCCAUCAUUAUACUGGGACAUUUGGACCUACACAGUCUGCAGUGUGAGCACCCCCUGCUGGACUCCCUAAUAUGUCUU